UUAUAGCGGGACUGCGGUGGGCAUUCUGACACUGGGAGGGAACUGACUAACUGUCACUGACAUACCCAGUGACACCAAUACAGUGAUCAAUGCUAAUAAAAAGCACUGACACUGUACUAAUGACACUGGGCAGGAAAGGGUUGACAUGUGGGGUGAUCAAAGGGUUAACUGUGUGCUUUUUUACAAUGUGGGCUGUGCGAGUGCUUUCCACUGUAAGCACACUGCUUUGUAUGGCUCUGCUAGGUAGAGCCAUACAAAGCAGAGUGCAGGAGCUGACAGGGGAGAGAUCUGUAUUGUUUACAUACAGGUCUCUCCCCCAAAAUGCAAAAUCA